CCCCCCUCGGCGCGUUGAUUUCAUACCAAACUCACACUUGGCAUUCCGCCUUUUUUUUUUUUUUGGUUUUACUGUCAAACUGUGUUACUUCUAACGAGGGAAUACUCGCGAUCCAUAAAGCCGAACCGCUUUCGAAUCCCGCCCCGUGCUGAGGAGAGCGCGCGCCGGUCACCGCGGGCCGAGGGAGCCGUAGUAAGGUGUGUUGUGGUCACAAGCCGUCAUCAUUGCGUCGGAGUGGAGUUGCCGUGGCAGCCCUGAUGGGGCGCAGGAGGACGGCGGCGAUGGGGAAGGUGCGGGAGAUGGGGCGGACCGUGGAUUGGAUGGCGACCCAGAGGGAGUGUGGAGUCCAGACAUUGAGCAGAGCUUUCAUGAAGCUCUGGCCAUAUACCCUCCCUGCGGCAGGAGGAAGAUCAUACUUUCUGACGAGGGGAAGAUGUAUGGUCGAAAUGAGCUGAUUGCUCGUUAUAUCAAGCUACGGACUGGGAAGACGCGCACACGCAAACAGGUGUCUAGUCACAUUCAGGUUCUGGCGCGUAAGAGGGUACGAGAAUACCAGACCAGCAUCAAGGUCUCUAGCCACCUGCAAGUCUUGGCCAAGAGAAAGUCUCGUGAGAUUCAGUCUAAGCUCAAGGCCAUGAACUUGGACCAGGUAUCCAAAGACAAGGCGUUGCAGACAGUAGCCAACCUCUCAUCAGCUCAGAUUGUGUCUGCGAGUGUCAUGAAACCCCAGACUCCGUUCCCACCACCUGUCAGAUUUUGGCCCGGCCCUAUGCCAGGACAGCCUGGACAGCCUCCGGACAUUAAGCCCUUUGCACAGUCAUACACUACACUACCAGCCCCUGUCCCGGCGCCUAUCAGCUACGAGCCUCUGCCUCCCCCACGACCUGCAGCCAUAGCAGCUCCUGUAUGGCAAGACCGAACCAUCGCCUCGGCAAAGCUCCGGCUCCUGGAGUACUCUGCUUUUAUGGAGAUCCAGAGAGAGCGGGAGAUGUAUAAACACCUCUUCGUACUCAUUGGCCCAUCAAACCCCGGCUACAGCGACCCAGUGUUGGAGUCCAUAGAUGUCAGGCAGAUUUACGAUAAGUUCUCUGAGAAGAAAGGAGGCCUGAAGGAGCUCUAUGAGAAAGGGCCACGCAACGCGUUCUUCCUCGUCAAGUUCUGGGCCGACCUGAGCAGCGACAUCGAGGAGGGCGCUGGUGUGUUCUACGGUGUGAGCAGCCAGUACAGUGGUACAGAAAACAUCACCAUCAGCGUCUCAACAAAGGUCUGCUCCUUUGGCAAGCAGGUGGUGGAGAAGGUUGAGACGGAAUAUGCACACAUGGAAGGGGGAAAGUAUGUGUUCCGCAUUAACCGUUCCCCCAUGUGCGAAUAUAUGAUCAACUUCAUCCACAAGCUCAAACACCUGCCAGAGAAAUACAUGAUGAACAGCGUACUGGAGAACUUCACCAUCCUACAGGUGGUGUCCAACAGAGAAACUCAGGAGACUCUGCUGUGCAUCGCCUUUGUGUUUGAAGUAUCCACCAGUGAACACGGAGCACAGUACCAUGUCUAUCGGCUAGUUAACGACUAGCAGCACGUUGCGUGCAUGCAGAGACGCAGAGACUUUUUGAUACAUACAGCAUAAACACUAUUUCCAGUUUCAACACAGAGAAUCGACACUCCUCUAAACACACUAGUUUUAACAGACCAACAGUCACACUAUAGUCACACCCCUUUUUAAAAGUUUAUGCAUUUAUCAUCGCUGCCAACUAUGCACACAUUUUCUAACAUGCCAUGGCUUCAAUGCAAAUUUAAAAUUUGUUUCAAUAGAUUUUGACCAAAACGUGGCGUAAUCAUCAGCAUGUGUUGUAAUUAUAUUCAAUGUAAUUAUUCCGGUAAAUUGCUGAAUAAUUUCGAAAUCACGUGGGGAAACUGAUUGUGCACGCCUCUCAAUGUUCUUAUGGGUUUUAAUAAUCAAUUUGAAUUAACUGACCAGCAUGUUUUUAAAGAAAA